AUGCGUACUCUAGCGAAAGAUAUUUAUGGUAAAUCACAUAUAAGAGGCUUCGAUAUUCUAGCAUCAUAUGGCUUAGCGAGUGAUGAAGGAUUCUGUAACGGUGUUAGAUUCAGUCCGCAUGGUGUACGUGCAUUUGCAUACGCCCUAGACAAGAAUGAUGCAUUAGUUUCUUGUUGCCACCAAUUGGGUUUUAUAGCCACACAUCAAGAUUGGAGUGCAGCUAAAGAGACGCAAACUUUCAUUUUGAUAUGA